CUUUCAGUGAGCAGGCUGAUAAUAGGAUAUGAGAGAAGUGUGGAGGGGGGUCAAUUGGAAACAGCUCUUCAGUUUGACAGGAACAGGAAGUGGUGAGAAUCAGUAUGCUACCUGGUAAAACAUGAGGCUUGUCUGUUCCUCUCUUUCGACACUGCCUAUAAAUCAUCCGAGCCUUUCCAAAUAUAGAUUCAUCAGACUUUGCGAUGUAUUCAACUUAAAUCUGGAGGGAGUAUCUUCAACCCUGUCCUGACUGGCACCUGUUUGGAGGUGAAAUGACGCAAAACGGUGCCGUGACUGGUAAUGGUACCACAAAAAAAGGAGAAGAACUUAAAAUUGUGAUAGUGGGAGAUGGAGGCUGCGGUAAAACAUCACUCCUGAUGGUUUAUGCCAAAGGUGACUUUCCAGAGAAAUAUGCACCAUCAGUGUUUGAAAAAUAUGUCACCACUAUCUCUCUCGGAGGAAAAGAGAUAAAGCUCAACCUGUAUGACACAGCUGGACAGGAUGACUAUGACAGACUACGGCCGCUCUCAUACCAAGAGGCCAAUCUGGUGUUAGUCUGCUUUGACGUGACCAACCCAACCAGCUUUGAGAAUGUCCUGAUAAAGUGGUUCCCAGAGGUGAGGCACUUCUGUCGGGAUGUUCCUGUCAUCCUGAUUGGCUGUAAGACUGACCUCAGGAAGGAUAAAGAGUGUGCGAGGAAGCUCAAGGCCGUGAACCUGGCUCCCAUCACUUAUACACAGGGUGAAGAGACAAGGCAGCAGAUGAAAGCAGAGCUCUACCUCGAGUGUUCGGCAAAGUAUCAGGAGAACGUGGACGACAUUUUCAAAGAGGCCACCAAAACAACUUUGGCCUUUAUUAAAAAACAAAAAAACUACAAGAGGAAGAAGAAAUGUGUCAUUCUGUGAGGUCAAAAAGACUCUUCAGUUUUCACUCACUCAGACUGAGAGUGGCUGGACAUUCAAAGAUUGAAGGUUGGUGUCCUAGACAGAUGUGGAAACAGCUGUAUGGUUCAGAAAGGCCCUGCAGGUUCAGGCCUUUAACCGUCACAAGGACUAAUGACGUAACAGGAAAGAGAGUUUUGCAAGACGCUGCUGCAGGUUGGAGAGUUUCCAAAGUGGUAUGCAAUAUGAAAUGCUUUCUGUCAAUGUAUUUUUACUUUUAUACGACAAAUGUAUUUGUAUUUUUAUAGAUUUUUUUUUCUAACUGAAAGCUUUGCACGGUUUAAACCAGUAUGUUUUAUUGAAAUGUAUACAUGUGUAGCAGGAACUUGUAUUGUUAAGUGUCUGAUUUUGGUGUAAAACUGUCAGUAGUUAACAAAUGCUAACAUCAUGGUACUGUUUAAUAGUAGUAUAAGGAAGAAAACACCCUUGAUGAACACCCAGUUUGCUCAUUUCCAGUAAAACAAAACACUGAACUUGAAUUUGUUUUGGCUCUGCCAGCUUGAAGCAGCUUUUAUCUUUACCAACAGUGCCCACUAGUGUCGAACAAACUGAAUGUGUGCAAUGGUUGCGCAAUUUAUUGUGGUAUUGAUGAAAUUGAAGUCACAGUACUGAAAUAAAUACGGACAUAAACAGUUUUUUAUUAGAGGUUUAAUUAUUAAUAUAUUUUUUUUUACAACAAUGUACACAGAUUGAGAAAUCGUCAGUCUCUCGUUACUGAUCACAACUCAGGCACCAGUUUACAGUCUUGAAAUGAAUGAUGACAACAUUGUUCAACAUCAGCUACAUCAUUUUAAAAAAAAUGAGGAAAUCAAGUUGUUUUGUGCAUUCUGGCAGCUCUCGCAUCAAAUGUAACAUUUUGGUCUGUAACUUUGAAUCCCCUCGCCCCCACCCUCAAUAAAAGUGAUACACACAGA